GCCGGAAAGUUGAGGCGGUGCGCAGCUCGGGGUCGGCGGGAAGCACAGGCUCUGCAGAGGCCGGGCGAAGGCAGCCGGACGAAGCCUGCGCGCCCCCGCGGAAGGCGGCCCCUGGGGCGGCCGCGCGCACGUCCCGCCCCCUCCCACGCCGCGCGGGCCGGAGUGAGCACCCGCGGGAGCUGUGCGUCCCCGGCGACCAGACAGUGCGUGUCAGCCCAGUCAAGAUGAAUAGUGACCAGGUCACACUGGUGGGUCAAGUGUUUGAGUCCUAUGUUUCAGAGUACCAUAAGAAUGAUAUUCUUCUGAUCUUGAAGGAGAGAGAUGAAGAUGCUCACUACCCAGUUGUGGUGAAUGCCAUGACCCUUUUCGAGACUAACAUGGAAAUUGGCGAGUAUUUCACUGUGUUCCCCAAUGAAGUACUAACUAUUUUUGACAGUGCGCUUCGAAGGUCAGCCUUGACAAUUCUGCAGUCCCUUCCUGAGCCUGAGGGCUUUUCUAUGAAGCAGAAUCUUCACGCCAGGAUAUCAGGUCUGCCUGUUUGUCCUGAACUGGUAAGGGAACACAUCCCUAAAACCAAGGAUGUGGGACACUUUUUAUCUGUCACUGGGACAGUGAUUCGAACAAGCAUGGUGAAGGUCCUGGAAUAUGAGAGGGAUUACAUGUGUAACAAAUGCAAGCAUGUAUUUGCGGUCCAGGCUGACUUUGAGCAGUAUUAUACCUUCUGUCGGCCAUCUUCAUGCCCAAGCUUAGAGAGUUGUGAUUCCUCAAAAUUCACGUGCCUCUCAGACCUGUCUUCAUCUCCAGCCAGAUGUCGGGAUUACCAGGAGAUCAAAAUUCAGGAGCAGGUCCAAAGGCUAUCUGUUGGAAGUAUUCCUCGGUCUAUGAAGGUUAUCCUGGAAGAUGACUUAGUAGACAGUUGUAAAUCUGGGGAUGACCUCACUAUCUAUGGGAUUGUAAUGCAACGGUGGAAGCCUUUUCAGCGAGAUGUACGCUGUGAAGUGGAGAUUGUCUUGAAAUCCAACUAUGUCCAAGUGAAUAAUGAGCAGUCCUCAGGGAUGGUCAUGGAUGAGGAAGUUCGGAAAGAAUUUGAAGACUUUUGGGAACACUAUAAGUGUGAUCCCUUUGCAGGGAGGAAUGAAAUACUGGCCAGCCUGUGUCCUCAAGUGUUUGGAAUGUAUCUAGUAAAGCUGGCUGUGGCCAUGGUGCUGGCUGGUGGGAUUCAAAGAACUGAUGCUGCAGGAACAAGAGUCAGAGGUGAAUCUCAUCUUUUAUUGGUUGGGGAUCCUGGCACAGGUAAAUCGCAAUUCCUCAAAUAUGCAGCCAAGAUUACACCAAGGUCCGUACUGACUACAGGGAUUGGAUCUACCAGUGCAGGUCUCACAGUGACAGCUGUAAAAGACUCAGGAGAAUGGAAUUUGGAGGCUGGGGCCUUGGUGCUUGCAGAUGCUGGCCUUUGCUGUAUUGACGAAUUUAAUAGCCUCAAAGAGCAUGACAGAACCAGUAUCCAUGAAGCAAUGGAGCAGCAAACCAUAAGCGUCGCUAAGGCUGGCCUUGUUUGUAAGCUGAACACAAGGACCACCAUCCUGGCAGCAACUAACCCCAAAGGCCAGUAUGACCCCCAGGAGUCCGUGUCUGUGAACAUUGCUCUCAGUAGCCCACUCCUAAGUCGAUUUGACCUCGUCCUGGUUUUGCUCGACACCAGGAACGAAGACUGGGACCGCAUCAUUUCUUCCUUCAUCUUAGAAAAUAAAGGUUACCCCAGCAAGUCGGAGAAUCUGUGGAGCAUGGAGAAGAUGAAAGCCUACUUCUGCUUCAUUAGGAAUCUGCAGCCCACAUUGUCUGAUGUGAGCAAUCAAGUACUCCUUCGAUACUAUCAAAUGCAAAGGCAGAGUGAUUCCCGAAAUGCAGCCCGGACAACCAUCCGCCUAUUGGAAAGCUUGAUUCGAUUAGCAGAAGCUCAUGCUCGCCUGAUGUUCCGCAAUACCGUGACGCUGGAAGACGCUAUUACGGUGGUGUCGGUGAUGGAAUCCUCAAUGCAGGGAGGUGCUCUGCUGGGAGGUGUGAAUGUUCUUCACACUUCCUUCCCUAAAAGCCCACAGGCACAGUACCGGAGGCAGUGUGAACUCAUUCUGGAAAAGCUGGAACUGCAGAGUCUCUUGAGCGAAGAGCUUAGAAGACUUGAAAGAUUACAGAAUGACAGUGUGCACCAGCCCCAGCCACAGGUCGAGGCAGCUCCAGGUUCCUCAAGAAGUUAUCCAAGGGACAAGCCAUGGCUGGGGACUUCAGCACAGCAGGAACAGGGCUGUAGCUGGCCCACCUCCUCCUCUGCAGAGGGUGCCAUGGAAUGUCCUGAUGGAGACUCCGCACCUAGUCUGGAGUGUAAUGGACCAAUAAGUAGUAACCAUUCAGCACAGCACAAAGGUGGCGGAGGUGACAACUUAGACUGGCUUGACCUCAUGGCAUCUCCUGAGAUUGAACCGAAGAGCCGUGCUGUGUCUCCUGAACUGAAAACAACUGAGGAAAAUGUGGCUUUGAAAAUCCCCAAGAAGAGAUCUCAGGACAAGGAGAAGCCUGGGCCAGGGCACAGGAAGAAAUUAUUAGAAACUGGACAUCUGCCGUCAUCAGGAGCUGUGGAUGCUCCCUUAGGGCCGCACAGUAGCGAGAGUACAAAAGCGAGGAAGGCAGCGGUUGUAUGUGAAGGAGCAGGACAGGGUGAUGAACCAGAUUCUGGACUGACUCAUGUGCCCCACAGUCUCCCCAAACUGCGGAAAGAGGGGUCCCAGAGCUUGUGUAGAAGUACAACCCGGGUGCGAUCACUGCCACCCACAGUCCCAUUUCCCUCGUCUGAACCAGAGAAAACAACAGGAACACCCAAAAGAAAGAGACAGAAAUCUCCUGCUCGGCUGGGGGAGCCUGAACCUGAGAGUGUUGAGACUACACACAGUCCACUGGUGAAACUGGCCAAAUUCACUUUCAAGCAGAAGACAAAACUGAGCCACUCCUCUGAGGGCCUCAGCCCUGUGCCUCCCCAUUCCACUAAAAUAGCAGUCCACAGUUCUGAAGUUCCCCAACAAAGAACAAGAAAAGAAGCAGCUGUGCCUGUGGAAGGCCCAGGAAAGCUGACAUCUACCUCAGGAGACAGAUGCUCUGACCAGCUGCAGGGACGGACAAAGGAGCUCUCAAGGCAGUCACCAGAGAGAAAUCAACCAAGAGAGGAGUGGGAACAGGAGCCUGAAAGAAGAGUUGUUCAGCUCAAAGAUUUGGAGCUUGGGAAACAGGCUGGGCCUUCCCAUCUAGCUUGUGAGAGAGACAGAAAGGAAGGGGUUUCCUGCGGCAAUAAAAGCAGCAAGGUUCAUGCUGGCACAUUAGCCAGACUGGCAAAUUUCUCCUUUGCUUCCCCACCAGAAUCCAAAUCAGAAUCCCUCCCUCCUGAAAGGAAGGACCUCCGGGAGAGAAGCCACAGUCCUCCAGCAGCCCCAGCCCCAGUGCUUGGCCAGCGAAGACAGUCUUUUCAGCUGCAGCCAUCCACUGAGAGAGCGAAUUUUUCCACUCUCUCUCUCUUCACUCUCUCAGAACUAGAUGACGAAGCAUUAGAUUUUGACUGGGAUGAAGAGAUGAGAAAAAAGCCAUAAUUAUGAAAAGCAAUCUAGCCAGAAUUGUCUUCCCCAACUCAACCGAGUGCCUUCAAAGGGUAGUGCAGUAUUUAUAGGUGUACACACAGUGUAUAUUAAGUGCCAUGCAGAAGUCCAGCUCUCUUGUUGUGUUUAUAAUUUCAGGCUUAGCUUCAUGAUUUAAAAUGCUAAAUAAUUCAUUUCAGUUACUGUGAUACCAGCCCUUGGGAUGAAUGAGUUAAUGAUUCAUUUCACAAAAAGUUUUUCACAUGUCUUUGUUUAUGUUUAUUUGGUUGGUUUUUAUUGUUUGUUUUGGUUUGGGGUUUUCUUUUUUUUUUUUUUUAAUACAAAAGUUAUGUUCUAAGUUGUCUCUUUCACUGAUCCAGACCAAAUGGCAAGAGGGGAGCACCCAUAAAUCUAACAGGGCAGAUGAGUGUUUUCUGUUCUCUAUUUUGCUUUGUGUUUUCUACUCAGUCUCCGUGGAAUGUGGUGAGUGUUUAUUAACAUUUGGAAUGACUUGCCAAAAUCAUGUGUUUUUCUCAGACUUUUGUCUUGAUUCUCAUGCAUCAGAUCGAAUGUGACUGGUGCAUUUCUGUCCUUGAGAAAUGUGCUUUCAUCCCAUGGCAUCAUCAAGGCAAGUCACACAGUGGCUCUCUGAGACUGACCUUUUGGACUUUCUCUCUUUUCCCCUUGACCAGUACUCCCUGGUUUGAUUGUCUUUUGCUCUCAGGUGCCUACCUUCGAUACACCUUCAAUCAUGUGGUUAGAAAGGAGUGUGAACCAGAACUCCAGCUGUAAUGGGUCACACCACACCAGGGUUAAUAUGGAAAUGUUACCCUGCUAAGCUGCCAUUAGUAUCUUAAACUAAACCAAGCAAAUUUGGCUUAGGAUAUGACUCAGAAGUAGAAUGCUUUUCUAGUGUGUAUGAAGCCCCAUAUUAAAUUCCUGGCACUACAAAAAACUAAAUAUGUAAGCAAAAAUAAAAUAAAACAAAAGAAGUUUCUGUUUCUAGUGGGAAUAGAUGGCUCAAGUUCUGUUCUGUGUGUUUCCAAAACCCUUUCUUUGGAUUCUAGCAGGGGUUUGGAGGGUUCUGUCCUUACAGCUUACUUUGAAGUAUGUAUUUAUAACAGUGAUUGAUUCUUUUAGAGGGAUUUUGGGACAUGAAUUGGUGUGGGACAAUUGUCUGUAUUCUGUCAAUUAUAUUUUAAAUAAACGCUGAUUGGCCAGUAGUCAGGCAGGAAAUAUA